AUGGUUGAUGCAUUGGUUAUUAAUGGACGGGUUGUCAAGAAUCAAGCAAGAAUAAAAAUUGCUAUCAGAGAGUUCUACAAGAAUUUGUAUCAUCAGGAGGAGUCUCCUAUGGUGAGUUUUAGAGAUGGACUGAUGAAUUUAAUAGAUGAAGAAGAUGUUGCAGCUCUGGAGGUAUUACCGUCGUCUCAGGAGAUUAAAGAAGCCGUGAGGGACUGUAAAUCUUCUAGGGCGCCAAGAAGUGAUGGAUACAACAUGAACUUCAUCAAAAAGUGCUGGGAUGAAAUCGGGGUUGAAUUCAUGACAGCGGUAUUAGGGUUCUUUCAGACAGCUAGAUUACCAAAAGACUCGAAUCUCACAUGGGUGGCUUUGGCGCCAAAGUUCUUUGGGACUAAGGAGAUUAAGGACCUCCGACCAAUCAGUAUGGUUGGUUGUGUGUAUAAGAAGAAAGUGGCUAUAAUCGAGCUGGAUUUUCAAAAGACAUAUGAUAGGGUCAAGUGGCGAUUUGUGGACAUUGUCCUGCAGAAGAUAGGUUUUGGGCGCAGGUGGAGGGAGUGGGUUAUGGAGUGUGUCGGCACAGCUACUAUGUCAGUGUUGAUAAAUGGAUCACCAACUAAGCCGUUCAAGAUGGGUAGAGGCCUGAGACAAGGUGAUUCUUUUUCUCCUUUCCUAUUUGUUCUGGUUGUUGAUAUCUUACAUAGGAUGAUUGGGGAGGCUGUCAGAAAUGAUCAGAUAUCCCCUCUAUUCGUAGGGAGAGACAAUAUAGAAUUGUCACAUCUUCAGUUCGCUGAUGACACUGUCUUAUUCUGUCUGCCAGAGGAGGAGUCCGUUAAGAAUUACAAAAGGCUUCUUCGCUGCUUUGAACUGAUGUCGGGGUUAAGCAUCAAUUUUGAGAAAUCGAGUUUGAUACCAAUCAAUUGUGAUCAACAUUGGGUACAGAGGAUGUGUAGUCUGCUGGGGUGUAAGGAAGCUGCUCUUUCGGUUAAAUACCUGGGGAUCCCUCUCGGUGCGAAUCUUAGGUUGGUCAAGACUUGGAAGCCAAUAAUAGAAAAAGUGGAGGAGAAGCUAAGCUUAUGGAAAUCCAAGGUACUUAAUAAAGCGGGGAAGCUUGUACUCAUUAAGUUAGUUUUAAAUAGUUUGCCGGUAUAUUAUUUAAGCUUAUAUAAGAUGGCGAACGCUGUUGCGGAGAAACUUGUUUCAUUACAAAGGAGAUUCUUGUGGGGUAAAGAGGAUGGGGGGGAGGGGGAUGGCAUGGCUUUGGUUAGAUGGGAAGUGGUCCAAGCCCCGAAGAGGUUAGGCGGGCUAGGAAUCGGUGAUGCAAUGCUCCGCAAUACUGCCUUGCUAUUUAAGUGGUGGUGGAGGUUCUCUAAAGAGGAGUGUCCGUUGUGGAAGAAAGUAGUUUGCUCUUGUAAUAAUCUCUCCCCUAACUAG